GCGCGUUCACUGACUCGCCGAGCCCCCGCCGCGGGGAUGGGCGCGCAGCUCCGAGCGCUCCUGCUCCCGCUGUUGGCGCAGUGGCUCUUGCGCGCAGCCCCCGCGCUAGCCCCGGCGCCCUUCACGCUACCCCUCCAGGUGGCUGCAGCCAGGAGCCACGGAGCCUCGGCCGUUCCCGGGCUCGGGACCCCUGAGGUGCCCCGCGCAGAUGGCCUGGCGCUAGCGCUGGAGCCCGCCGGGGCUGCCGCCAACUUCUUGGCUAUGGUGGACAACCUGCAGGGGGACUCUGGCCGCGGCUACUACCUGGAGAUGCUGAUCGGGACCCCGCCACAGAAGCUACAGAUUCUUGUGGACACUGGAAGCAGUAACUUCGCGGUGGCGGGUGCCCCACAUUCCUACAUAGACUCCUACUUUGACUCAGAGAGAUCCAUCACAUACCACCCCAAGGGCUUUGAUGUCACUGUGAAGUACACGCAGGGAAGCUGGACUGGUGUCGUGGGUGAGGACCUCGUCACCAUCCCCAAAGGCUUCAACAGCUCCUUCCUGGUCAACAUUGCCACUAUUUUUGAGUCUGAGAAUUUCUUUCUGCCUGGGAUCAAGUGGAAUGGAAUUCUCGGACUUGCUUAUGCUGCCUUGGCCAAGCCAUCAAGCUCUCUCGAGACCUUCUUUGAUUCCCUGGUGGCCCAAGCAAAGAUCCCAGACAUUUUCUCCAUGCAGAUGUGUGGGGCCGGAUUGCCAGUAGCCGGAUCUGGUACCAACGGAGGUAGUCUUGUCCUAGGUGGGAUAGAACCAAGUUUGUAUAAAGGAGACAUCUGGUAUACCCCAAUUAAAGAGGAAUGGUACUAUCAGAUAGAGAUCCUGAAAUUGGAAAUUGGAGGCCAGAGCCUCAACCUGGACUGCAGAGAGUAUAAUGCGGACAAGGCCAUCGUGGACAGCGGCACCACGCUCCUGCGCCUGCCCCAGAAGGUGUUUGAUGCCGUGGUGGAAGCUGUGGCACGCACAUCUCUGAUUCCAGAGUUUUCUGAUGGCUUCUGGACAGGAGCCCAGCUGGCAUGUUGGACAAAUUCUGAAACGCCAUGGGCAUAUUUCCCUAAGAUCUCUAUCUACCUGAGAGAUGAGAACUCCAGUCGCUCCUUCCGUAUCACCAUUCUGCCACAGCUCUACAUUCAGCCCAUGAUGGGAGCUGGUCUCAAUUAUCAAUGCUACCGUUUUGGUAUCUCCUCUUCCACAAAUGCACUGGUGAUUGGUGCUACCGUGAUGGAGGGCUUCUACGUGGUCUUUGACAGAGCUCGGAAGAGAGUGGGCUUUGCAGCGAGUCCCUGUGCAGGAAUUCUCAGAUGUGCUGCCUGGCACACUGACAGAAGAAGCUUGACACAUGAAGAAAGAAGUCAACGGGAGCAAGAGCCAAAGGAGCCAGCAGAACACAGCAGACAACAGUGGCACAUUCACAGGCUCCAGCAGGCAGGCCAACUGAGCGUCGAGAUAGCAACACUUAACACAUUCCAAAAAAAGGGUGGGAAAAACAGAAAUUUUCAACUGGAAGUUAAAAAAAAUUGGCAGGCUCACUUGGGGAAAAGAAAGAACUUAAAAACUAAAAUGGCAUGAUAAUCUAAAAACGGUAGUCAAUGGCUGGUGGGUUUAUGGACAGAUUAGACACAGUAGAACACACUAGUGGUGACAUGAGAAACAGUUCUGUUCACAGUUAAGCAUAGAGAGAGAAAUGUGGCAAAUGGAAAGGGGACUGUAGGGUACCAGGAACAGAGUAAUAAGGCUCAAUUUUUAUUGCUUUUUAGCAGGAAGUGAGCUGAGCAGCAGCCUUUAUUGAUCUCUGACUAAGUGACAGAAUGUGACUUGCUGCUCCAGGACCUGCCCCUGCAACUUCCUACCCUAAUGUACUGUGCCCUCAAACUGUGUGCCAACAUAAACCCUAUCUCAUGUG